AAACGUUUGUUAUAACUAUUGAAUUUAAUUUCGGAAAAAGAAUCAUUAUGGAUUGGCGUAUUCGGACAUUAUGAAUUCAAUGACAUAAUUGACCAAUCCGAUGUCUGCUAAAUAAACGAUGAAAAAUGAUUAAUCAGUUUACAUUCAAUCAAUCACCAUUUAUGCUUAUUUGUGCAUAAUUAUCCGAUUGGCUAAUUUUGUAAAAUUAUGGUAUGGACAUAGUUAUCGAGAUAAGAAAUUAACAAUUCUACUACCACCACCCCUCUAGGGUUAGAAAAAUAUCACGGCUUAUUUGCUAGUUCGAGAGGUGGACAAUGGAUAAAUAAUUCGAAAGCACUAAUUGUACUCAUAGUUUUCAUUGAGUGUUACUUACUGUAUUGGACUCCUGAAUCUUACAAUUUGUAUACAUACUGUGAAAUAAAUUCACUAAAUAUCGCUACGCAACAUUAUUCUAUUUGUUCAAUACAAGUUCACUGAACGAUCAAUUUAACUAGGUUUAUUUCUUCAUUUUGGAUUUUGAACAAUUCGCAAUGGACACUGAAAGUAAUAAGGAAUCAUUACAACCAUCCAAAAGUUUACUUGAUGAAUAUUCACAUUGCAUCGGUGAUUCGAUGAAGGAUAGUGGUAUUGGUACAACGUAUUUUAAAACAUCAUCCGGUUCGUCAUCAAACAAUACAAGCCCAGAAUCAGAUAAAGAUUUAUUAUUAUUACAGAAUAAAACGCCAAAACCCUUAGCUAAGUCCAAACUUGAUGCUACAUCGACACCAGCAACACAAAUAAAACGUUACAAAUUAAACAGAGAACUUCAAGAAAAAAUUAGAAUAUCAAAUGAUAGUAGCAUAAACAGUAUUGAUUUUACAAUAUGUGACAACACAUCAAUAAAUUCCGGAAAAAAAUCACCAUCUAAAAUAGCAACAUAUUAUGAUCAACAACAAAUGAAUUCUACAAUCAGUCAUUCACUCAAUAAUCAAACAUCUGGUAAAAGAAGUUCAAAGGAUCAUGAACAAUUCAAGAAAAAAUCGACAAAACCAGUCAAACAUUCUUUUUUGAAUAAGUCGGUCAAGUUAAACUUAUGUGUGGCUGAUUUGAUUGAUACUUCACAAACAGUAAAAUCCACAUUGAUAAAAGUUGGAAAUAAUGAAGUUGUUAGUGGUAGAAGGAGACAACGACGUAUGCAUACUUGUGAACACUGUGAUAAGCAGUUUGAUCGUCCAUCCUUACUGAAACGUCAUACACUAACACAUACAGGUGAACGUCCUUUUGAGUGCAAAUAUUGUUCCAAAGGCUUUUCAACACGUAGUGGCGUAAAUACACAUGAACGCACACAUACUGGGCAAAGACCAUAUGUAUGUCGCAUAUGCGGCAGACGUUUUGCAGCUGGUUCCAACCUCAUAUUUCAUAAAUAUACUCAUACAAAUACACGUAGACAUGUCUGCAGUCAAUGUCCAAAAGCGUUUGUAACUCCUGGUGAUUUAAGAAAACAUGAAUAUACACAUACCGGAAAAUGGCCUUACCGUUGUCAUUUAUGCGAUCGAGGUUUUGCCACAGAACGUAAUUUAAAAUCACAUGAAACUACUCACUCAGGACGUAAACCACACAUAUGCACUAUAUGUGGUAAGGGUUAUGCACAAGAAAGUUCAAUGAAGACACAUAUGCGUACACACCAAAAAAACGAAACUACAACAAAGAGUAAAAUAUCUUCAGUAUAUCCUUCAAGUACUUCAAAAGAUUCGUUUAUAAAUUCACCAAGUACAUCAGGUACAAAUCUACACAAUAAAAGUACGGUAUCACGAUCUAGGAAAUUAAAGUCUAAACACAAUUUUUUAGGAUUGGAUAAUUCAUCACAGCAAUUUGAUACAUCGAACGGUAUAUUUCCACCCGAGCUAAGUAAUUCACUGAAUAUUUUGACGCCGGUAACAAAUACAUACCAAGGGCAACAGCAUUAUUCCGCAUUUUCUGCACCAAAACAACGUACAAAUCAGAUUCCUGAGUUACUAAAUCCGAUUUUCGCUAAUUUGAAUGAGUCACUUGCCAUCAAUAACCUUUCGGUGCCUUCCACAUCAACAGCAUUUCUGUCUUCUCAGUUCCUCCGGCAUUCAAUCUACCAGAGAACCAAUUAUCUCAGUUAUAUGAAAAUAUCAAUCACUAUAUAACUACUACAUGAAAGCAAUAAACAGCACAAAUUCUAUGCAAUCAAACAGUCAGAAUAUACAAAAUCCCGUAACAUACAAUAUUCCUAUCGAUUUUAAUACAAAAUAUACUCCUGUCAUACCAUUAACAUGUACAUUUUCUACUAAUACAAAUUUAUUAAAACCAUACAAUCAAAUGAUUUCAAUGAAUGAAAAUCAGCAUCAGCAUUAUCACAACAACCGUCGGGUAUUUUAUCUCAAGUGCAGCAAGACUUCUCAACUACCCAACACAAUUCCUGUAAUUGGACAGUAGAUUCAAAUUAUCAAUCAUCUAACUAUAAUUUAGGUUUGCAAAAUAACCAUCUUCACAAUUAUCAUUACAAUAGUAACUUGUUACAUGGACUAACUCCUAAUUAUGUAAUUAAUAAUUAUUCAAAUAAUACAACACAUAACAUUAGUAUUAAUAAUCAUAACAAUAAUAACAGUCAUUGUUGCACAAUUCUGUCAAAUGAAUUCGAUACAGUGGCUUUAGACUAUUCAACCAAGACGUUAUCAAAGUAUCAUACAAGCAGCUGAUUGAAUUAG